UCGUUUCAUGAUAAUAGCUCUUACACCAACAGCUCCCUAGCAGGGAAGUUACCGGUACAACACGCGAGCCGAGUUAAGGCCAAGAAUCCGGGGUACCGGUACGUCAAUCGGUCAAUUUACCUAGACCUAGCAGACCUAGGUACUAUUCUUAGCGCGUUAAGCUGGGAAGCUGCCGUCCGCAUCCAGUCGCGGUACAUGGGUAUGACGAUCUUUCUCUCACCCAGGUCUGGCGGGUGGUUGUUGCUUGCUGGCAAUUAGAAAAGCUUUAUGCUCGAUACGAAAACCCCACAGUAGCCCUGUUCCAAGGUUGGAGAAGGCCCCUUAAUCGAUUUCCAAUUGGCUUCAACCCUCGCAUCCACCUAAUAAGAUCCAAUCAGAAGGAAAGAAAGUAGCCGUCGGCGGUUCCAGUUGCCUGGACAGAUUUCUCCUAGGUCCCCCAGGUUCGCUCGGGGGAGGUUCCAAGCUAUUCUGGCCAUUUUCCCACCCCCUCUGCGAAGAAAGAAACAAGAUUCGCCAAUGCCGAACACAACAUGUUACGCCCAUCAUCUUUAUUGACAUUCGUCGUCGUCUGUGUCUGCUUGCUAUGGGGGACCGCCGAAGCCUCGCUCGGCGACAGGCUGCCCGAGUUCCGGGAAUGCGUAGAGGUUUGCGCCCGCGAGAAUUGCGAUCCGAAUAACAAUCCGACCCAUAUCCCCUUCCACCGCCGCCUCCUAUUCUGGACGUGCCCGCAAGAGUGCGACUACACAUGCCAGCACAUAAUAACGCAGCAGCGUCUCGCCGCCGGCCAGCCCGUCACCCAAUUCCAUGGGAAAUGGCCGUUCGUGCGCGUCCUCGGCAUGCAGGAGCCCUUCUCGGUACUGUUUAGCCUAGGGAACUUAGUCGCGCACCAGAACGGCUUGGCCAAGAUCCGCCAGUCUAUCCCGGCCGCCUACUCGCUGCGCAAGUACUACGAACUGUUCGCCUGCUUCGGCAUCGCUACCUGGAUCUUCAGUUCCAUCUUCCACAUCCGCGACUUCCGCCUGACCGAGCAGCUCGACUAUUUCGCGGCCGGUGCCGGCGUACUAUAUGGCAUGUACUACACACCCAUCCGCGUCUUCAGACUCGACAAACCUACACCGCGCCGCCAGAGCGUGCUUAGACUCUGGACCGUCCUUUGUUGCUCGAUGUACAUUGCCCACGUGGCGUACCUAAAGCUCUGGCGCUGGAAUUAUACGUAUAACAUGGCGGCCAACGUGACCGUUGGUCUGGUGCAGAACUCGCUCUGGAGUUACUUUAGUUGGAAGAAGUGGACCGAGAGUCGCCAGGCGUGGGCUAUCUGGCCCGGUGUUGCUGUCGCUUGGCUCAUGACCGUCAUGAGCUUGGAAUUACUGGACUUUCCGCCGCUAUGGGGAGCGCUGGACGCGCAUAGCCUGUGGCACUUGGGUACGAUCGGCCCUACCGUCUUAUGGUACAAUUUCAUGGUCAAGGAUUCCCAAGAAAACAUGGCGAUCACGACCAAAAUGAAGGAUACCAAAGCCUAACAAAGAACAUUCCCAACCCGGAGGAUUGGCUAAGCAUGAGGCUCCAUUGUUGUAUAUCCAGGCGUUAAAAAUAUUAUUAUAUUGUAAUGGGUAUCCUGUCUUUUGGCUGCAUAGAAAAGGGGGAUAACGUCACCAUAGAGGCUGGGGAGUUCGAGGUUCUGAACUGUGUUGGUCUAGACUAGAACCUAUCAUUGACUACUACUAAGCUACCUAAUAUGAAUUUGACCGAGAUCAGACGUGAUCAAGCCCUUCCACAGAAACCAACCAGCGUCAGA